GCCAACGACUCGGCCGCGCCGCCCGUGCCCGGCGCGCCGCAGCCCGAGGCGGACAACGUGACGCUGCGCUACCGCGCGCUGGUGUACCAGCGCAACUUCGACCAGCCGCUGCGGAACGCGGGCCGCGCCUGGGCGCCCCGCGAGCUGGUGCUGGUGGUGCAGGUGCACGACCGGCCCGAGUACCUGAGCCUGCUGCUGCGCUCCCUGCGGAGGGCCCGCGGCAUCAGCGACGUGCUCGUCAUCUUCAGCCACGACGUCUGGUCGGCCGAGAUCAACCGGCUCAUCGCCGCGGUGGACUUCUGCCCGGUCCUGCAGAUCUUCUUUCCUUUCAGCAUCCAGCUGUACCCCCACGAGUUUCCGGGCAGCGACCCCAGGGACUGCCCCCGGGACCUGAAGAAGAACGCGGCUCUGAGGAUGGGCUGCAUUAACGCCGAGUACCCCGACUCCUUCGGCCACUACCGGGAGGCCAAGUUCUCCCAAACCAAGCACCACUGGUGGUGGAAGCUGCACUUCGUGUGGGAGAGGGUCAAGGUCCUUCGCGACUAUGCUGGCCUCGUAGUCUUCCUGGAGGAGGAUCACUACUUAGCCCCGGACUUUUACCACGUCUUCAAACAGAUGUGGAACCUGAAGCAGCAAGAGUGUCCGGAGUGUGAUGUGCUGUCCCUGGGGACCUAUACUGCCAGUCGCAGCUUCCAUGGCAUUGCUGACAAGGUGGAUGUGAAAACUUGGAAAUCCACAGAGCACAAUAUGGGUCUAGCCUUGACCCGGGAUGCGUAUCAGAAACUCAUCGAGUGCACAGACGCUUUCUGUACUUAUGAUGAUUAUAACUGGGACUGGACUCUUCAAUAUUUGACUGUAUCUUGUCUUCCAAAAUUCUGGAAAGUGCUGGUUCCUCAAGCUCCUAGGAUUUUUCAUGCUGGAGACUGUGGUAUGCACCACAAGCAAACCUGUAGACCGUCCACCCAGAGUGCCCAAAUCGAGUCACUCUUAAAUAAUAACAAACAGUACCUGUUUCCAGAAACUCUAGUUGUCAGUGAGAAGUUUAUGGCAGCCAUUUCCCCACCUAGGAAAAAUGGAGGGUGGGGAGAUAUUAGGGACCAUGAACUCUGUAAAAGUUAUAGAAGACUGCAGUGAAAAAUCACAAGUACGAAGCAAAAGUGACAGUCUUCUAUUUUUGAUAUUUGUCCAAACAUACAAGUGAAUAAAAGGGUUUAGGAACUGGUUUCUGCUUUAAUACAAAAAAAAAAUUUCUUGUAAAAGAUGUCCAAAUAUAAUAGUUUUUUCCUUUUACGUCUGAUUAAGAUUUAAAACACAAGUUUUCAUUUUGGGAGUUAACGUUUUAAAGCUCAAUCUGUAUUUGCUACAGGAAAUCAUUAUUGUUAAUGAGAACAAGAGAGAGAGAGAAAGGGGUAAAUUUUAUUUAAAUUGCAUCUAUUAAUCUUUCUAUCUGGAACUUUGUACUCUUUUCCACUUUCAAAACUUAUUUUAAGUGCAGCAAAAUUUACUUAAAAUUGUCAUAGCAGUAAAAAGUAUUACAGUGAAAUUGUCAGAGUAUUCAUGGUAUAAGCCCAGUCUCACACUUGACAGUUACUAGGAAGGGAUUGCUUCACUGGUUUUAUAAUUCAAAGGUGAUAUUUGUUAAACACCCUGUCAGAACAGUUAUUUUCAGUAUUACAGAUUCCUGUAUUGUUAAGAUUUGCCUGUGCUUUGGAACCUUCAUAGAACGCAGUUUCUUGUGGAAUGUAUUUGAUUGAUAAGAAAGUUUAGACACUGUUUUCACCUCAAUGUAGAAAUACAGUGGUUUUGUUUUUUCUUUUAGUGCUGCCAAAAUAAAUACUCAUUUUUGCAUAAAAA